UUUUUUCUCUCUCUCUCUCUCAUAUUCAAGUUGUUAAGGUGAAAUGGAAAAUACAAAGGAAAAUAACGAAACAGUAAUAAUGCAAAAUGCAGAAGAAACAAAAGAAUCCCAAGCAAUGCAAAGCUUAGAAAAAGAGUCAGUACUCCAAAGAGCAGAAGUUUUGAUCAGAUUAGUAGAAAGAAUUAGAGCUGAAACAAAAUUAUUACCUGCAUCGAUUGCAAAACGUACUCGAGAAAGAGCAGAGCGUAUAGAAAAAGAAGAAGCUGCGAAAAAGGCUAGAUUAAAUGUUACUAUAAAUGAAAAAACAUUAUUUAAUGAUCGUCCUGCAUUUAUGAAGCGCUUAAAAAGCUUUUCAGUGCGAUUUAUUAAUAAAGAACGACCUUUGACAGCUUUGGAUUGCGCAAAAUAUGGCUGGAAAGAUACAAAUUGUGUCGACAAUACUAAUCAAACUACUUGUAUACUUUCUUGUGAUAAUUGUAAGAGUAAAAUGUAUGUAGUAGAAGUUAAUCAGAAAUAUAAAUAUAAACCACGAGUUAUACAGGCUUAUAAAAAGUAUGAACAAGGUUUAUCUGAAUAUCAUAAGGAAGAUUGUCCUUGGAGAAAUAGUCAUUGCGAUGAUAAAAUAUAUCAUUUUCCAUAUUUAUUCCUAAAAGAAGGACUAGAGCAAUUUAAAGGGGAAGCAAGGUCGAUUUUAUCGGCUUGUAAAGCAAAAGGAGAAACAAUACCAACAUUAAAAUAUCCAUUAGAUGACAAGAUGUUAACAAAAGUGAAAUACUUGGCAUCACUUUACGAAAAAGAAAAUUGUAGUGAAAUAGAGAAAGACUCAAAGGAAAUGAUUGAUUCAGCUUAUUUAUUAACAGUUUUUGGGUGGUCUUCAUUACAUGAAGGGAUUCCUGGAAUUCAAUGUAAUUUAUGUUUUAAAAGAAAAGCUUUUAACUGCAUGGACAGCGAUUUCGAUGUUUUUAAUCAACACAGGCCUUACUGUCCUUGGAUAAACGUUACAAUAGCAAAUGCUUUUUCACCAAAUUUAACUUCAAAUACUCAAAAUAUCAAGAUAAAUGGAAUAGACUGGAUGAAAGAUGUCAUUUAUAUAGAAUAUUUUAUACAAAUAAGACGAGAAGAUUUAUCAUUAUUUUCAAGAAAUUCCCAAUCGAAAAAAUUUGAACAAGUAAGGCAAAAGAUUAGAAAAUCACAUGAAUUAGUAGAUAGUUGGAUGAUGGAUCUUGACAAAAUUACAAAACCUGAAAAUGCAUAAUGUUAAAAAUAUAAAAAAAAAUAAAAAGAAAUAAAAAGAAAUAAAUAUUUUAAUUU